UUAAUCCAACGGUCAAAAUUUCUCCAUGUGAAUAUCUUCAAACUUGUGUAAAUGUAAAAAAAAAAGGAAUGAUCUUUUUUUUUUCACCACUGCUAUAAAUAAAGGAAGGAAAAUUUUGGCAGAUCCCCAGCAGAGAAAGACUUGUAAUUCACCAUUCUCAAGACAUUUUUUCAGGGAGAAAAGGAACGACCUUUUCUCUGUCCCUCUUUUUCUUUUUCGUUGGAUCAUCAUAUGCCUUCCUGUCUAAGUGAAGGAACAAUAAUAAAUUAGUUCUUGUCCGUUUUCCUUUAUCCUCAUUCGACCGAACCCCCCAUCCUUCUCAGAUUCCUUGUCUGAAAUUCGCUUUCUUCUUCUGUUGAUUUUUAAGUCAAUUUCGUUAAUCCGAUCAAUACCCACUUCACAAAAUGCAGAUUCUGAGAUGGGUUUUCAAGCUCUUGUUGGUUUCCGCAGUUUUUCAAACUCACUCAGCAUCACAAGCAGAGCCUGUCAUCUGCUCAAGUCAAGACAGAGCAGCACUUCUCGGCUUCAAGUCUAGCAUCUCCAAGGACACUACAGGGAUUCUGUCCUCCUGGAUUGGGAGAGACUGCUGCAAUGGCGAUUGGGAAGGAGUUCAAUGCAAUCAAGCCACUGGAAGAGUCACCAACUUGGUCCUGCAAAGCUCCAUCAGAGAACCUGACCUCUAUAUGAAGGGCACUCUAUCCCCUUCAUUGGGAAAUCUCCGGUUUCUGGAGGUAUUGGUCAUAACUGGAAUGAGGUACAUCACUGGAUCAAUCCCUGAUGGCUUCACCAAUCUGACCCAUCUUACACAGUUGGUCCUCGAAGACAAUUCUCUCGGAGGGAAUGUCCCUUCGAGUUUAGGUCGCCUGCCGUUGUUGCGGACUCUGUCACUUGCUGGUAACCGAUUUGCGGGCCCUGUCCCAGCAAGUUUGGGGAACCUGAGAAGCCUUGUCCUGAUGAACUUGGCAAGAAACUCUCUAUCCGGUCCGAUCCCACCGACCUUCAAGAGCUUCCUCAACCUGCAGUCCCUUGAUCUCAGCUUCAAUUUGUUAUCUGGGCCAAUCCCAGAUUUCAUAGGACAGUUUCGAAAUCUAACGUAUCUUGAUCUUUCCAGCAACAAGCUCUCAGGGCCACUGCCGGUUUCCAUUUACGCAUUAGGGAAGCUGCAGGACUUGUCAUUGGGGCAUAAUGAGUUGAGUGGAUCACUUUCAGACAGAAUCAGCAAUCUGAAGUCACUCACCAGCCUCCACUUGAGUGGAAACAAUUUCGGCGGCCACAUUCCUGCAUCCAUCUCAACAUUGCACAACCUCUGGUCCCUCAAUGUUUCAAGAAAUCAGUUCUCUGAUCCUUUACCAGCUGUUUCUGGCAGGGACUUUCCUUCGUUGUUGUCCAUUGAUUUUUCCUACAACAACCUCAACUUAGGGACAAUUCCAAAUUGGAUAAGGGACAAAUCGCUUUCAGAUGUCAACUUAGCUGGUUGUAAACUGAGAGGAGCCCUCCCAAAGCUGACAAGACCCCAUGCCUUGAUGUCCUUAGACUUGUCAGACAAUUUUCUAACAGGUGAUCUUUCAGCUUUCCUUGCAAACAUGACCAGCUUGCAGAAACUGAAGCUCUCAAAGAACCAACUCAAGUUUGAUCUCUCCAAACUCAAGUUGCCGGAAGGAAUCUCUUCCAUUGAUCUCAGUUCAAAUCAAGUGUCUGGAUCACUUUCAAGCCUGUUAAACAACCAGACAAGCAGCUUUCUGGAAGAGAUUGAUGUCACAAAUAACCAAGUCUCAGGGAGCAUUCCCGAUACCACGGAAGGCUUAAACCUGAGAAUUCUCAACAUAGGGAGCAACAGAAUCGGAGGCCAAAUCCCGAGUUCAAUAUCGAACCUUGUUGAACUCGAGCGAUUAGAUAUCUCGAGAAAUCACAUAACAGGCGGCAUCCCUCCCGGUCUAGGCCAGCUCAUGAAACUCCACUGGCUUGACCUUUCCAUCAAUUCGCUCACAGGAAGAAUCCCUGAUAGCUUAUUGAACAUCAAAUCGCUGAAACAUGCAAGUUUCAGGGCAAACAGAUUGUGCGGAGGGAUCCCUCAAGGAAGGCCAUUCAACAUCUUCCCUGCAGCUGCUUAUCUUCACAACCUUUGCUUGUGCGGAAAACCGUUACCGCCUUGCAGGAAGGCUAUGAAGUGAAGACAAGAGAUGGGUCAGUGUUACGCUGACUCAAACAUAUCAAUAUGAAACAAGAAAUAGAUAAUAGCUUCGGGGUUUUUUACAUGUUCUGUUCUAUUGUUUCAACAUCUACCUGUAUACUCUCUGGUUCCAAUUUUAUUCAUAAUAAAUUAUAUCUUUUCAAGCAGACAUUAA